AUGUUUGCUCGCGGUGCCCUUCGUCAAGCCACUUCUCGUUUUUCGGGUCGUACCACAGCAGUGGUAAAGAAAUCCACCACUCGCCGCGUCUUUUCCUCGCAAGCUCCUCAGGCCAACAAUGGUGGUGCCGGUGGUGCCAUGGUCUUGGCCGGAGUUGCCCUAGUCGCCGCGGCCUACUCGGCGUCCAAUGCCACGGAUCAAGCCAACAAGAUUCAAGGCAAACUGCAAGGACAAAUUGACGAUUUGCAAGUCCAACUGAGCGGCAAGACCAACAGUGCCUUUGUCUUUUUGAAACCCCACGCGUGCAAGGGAACUCCUGGCAAAGUCGAAGCCGUCCUGGAAGAUGCCUUGGCCAAGAAUGGAAUUCGCAUUACCGGCAAGGGGUCCAUGUUGGCGGAAGAAAUUGACAAGAAGAUGUACAUUGAUACUCACUACGGAGCCAUUGCCAGCAAGGCCGUCAAGUUGCAACCCGCCGCACUCAAUGUCCCCGAUAAGGGCAAGGCAGACUUUCAAAAAGCAUUUGGUGAAUCCUGGGACGAUGCUCUCAAGGCCGGAAAAAUUUACAAUGCCAAAGAUGGUGCGGAGAAGUUGGGUGUCGAUUCCGCCGGAUUGAAUGCCAAGUGGGGGAAACUCAGCCGUGGAAAGACACUCAUCAAAUUCGGUGGAGGAUUCUACUGUGGAAAAGUCGAUGAUAUCUAUGUCAUGAAUGGAUUCUACAUGAGCAUGCGAGCUGCCUAUUGCAACCCCGGUGAAAAGAUCCAAUGGUACACUGUCAGUUGGCCCACUGACACUUUGUCAUGGGAAGAUUUCCGUGGUAAAGUGCUGGGUGCCACUGAUCCUACUGCCGCUCCCGUCGGUUCCGUUCGUCGAACCAUUCUGGAUAACUACCGAUCAUUGGGACUCAAGUCCAAACCAAACACGGGAGACAAUGGUGUGCAUGCCAGUGCCAGCCCCUUUGAGGCAAUGGCCGAACGCGCCAAUUGGUUGGGGGCCGAACUAGAAGAGGACGACUUUGGAAAGGCAUUGCUCAAAAAGGUCUCCAAGGACAAGGUUUUGAAGUGGUCCGGUGAUGCCCAAGUUACGGUCGAUGGUGAAACUGCGGCUGGAAAGACCAUGAGUGUCUUUGAUACCUUGGAAGAUCUGGAUGCCGAUACCAUCUUGAAGAAGGUCGAGAAGAUUCAUUAG